AUGACAGUGCAGGGGGUUAUUUGGUGAAAGCUGUUAACGCGAAGAUACUACAUUCUGUGAGGAAGAAAGAAAGGCUUAACUCCAACAAGUAAGAGCCAUUCACAACGGCAGAUGUUUUGUGCCGUAGGGUGAGUUGAGCAACUGUUUUCAAACUUCGCAAUUGGCAAUGUCUGGAUUCCACUCCACGUGUGAGCUGUUGAUUGUCCAUUCUUUCGAGGCUCAGGAAUGGGCUACAUAUCUGCAGAAAAUAUUGAAGUCUUCACGCAAGUUUCCCAAGAGGUCCAUCGUAUUGUAUGCAAUUGACUGUGCUGACCAGCUACAUGGAUGUGACUUUAACAUUUUCCAUAAUAGUAAAUGCAUCGUGCUGCUGCUGACAACGGCAAUCCUGGACAUUCUAAAUUACCCUAAAGUCCUGGGAACUUUUCAGAGACUCCUUCAUCCUCCACACAGAGUGGUUGCACUGUUGUGUGGGAUGUCAGAGGAUGACAUUCCCACUGAAUGGUUUGAAAACUGGCGGAGCUGGAGAAAACUGUAUGCUGAAGACGAACCUGCUCUUUACAUCUCCACCGUUCUAGAAUCCAUCGCUGACUGUAAUACAGAAGAGGCUGAACAUGAGGUGGAAGCUACAGCAAAAAUAGAAGCAAAAACACAGUGUGAGAUCCCUGUAGUUAUGAACCCCAAAGCUGAGGGGACAGAGGAAGGGUCAGUGACAGAACCAGAGUGUAUCCAGGACGACAGUGACGAUGUGAGAACAGAGAUCUACCCAAACCAGGCAACGAGCCCCACACAUCCCACCUGCCUCACUGUUCAACCAAACAGAGUUUUAUGCGGGGACCAUGCAACUAUUUUUAUCAUCUUUUCUAAUAAACUGGACAACCAGUUGAAAAUGGAGGUGGAGUUUUCCUCUGAAGAUUCAACUGCAAAACGGGUUCUAGGGAUUUAUGAGAAUGAAUACACUAUCAGUGUUAAUGCGCCUGAUAUGCCAGCAGGAGAGGUGACACUCACUCUGUAUAGCAACGGCUCACCAGUCUGUUUGAGGCUUGUAACAUACUACACAGUCAUGGGAGAAAUCAGCAGUUACCUUGAACAUGCAGCUGCUCCCUUGGACUUUAUGUGUCAGGCAUUCAAUAUAACAUCCAAUACCACAGAGUCACUUGACAAUUUGCUGACAGACUCAUUACAAUGCAGGAUCCCUGCAAGUGGACUUCAUGUGUUUGGAAUCAGACAGCUAGAGGAAGAAAAUAUGGCUGCAAAUCAGCGAAAGGAGGAGCUUCCCACUCUGCUUCAUUUUGCUGCAAAGUAUGGGCUGAAGAAGCUUACCACAGUCCUGCUUCAGUGUCCAGGUGCCUUACAGGCCUACAGCGUGAUGAAUAAGAAUGGAGACUACCCAAAUACAUUGGCAGAGAAGAGCGGCUUCUCUGACCUGAGACAGUUCAUAGACGACUUUGUGGAGACAGCUGACAUGCUGAAGUUUCAUAUCAAAGAAUCCAUCUCGGCUGAAGAAGAUGAGGAGGUGUACGAGACCAUUUCCAACUCCUCUCAAGAUAUCAUCAUGAACGACUCCCUAAACCCUGGGUGUCAAGAAGACAUCUAUGAGACCAUGAUGGGCUUAAACCCCGACUGCAUGGAAGACCUAUAUGAGGACAUGGAGAAGGCAUUAGGAGAGCCUCAUAACCCAGAGGAAUUCAUACUUAGAAAGUUCUUUCAAGGUGUGCCCCAAGUUGAGGAGCAUACAACUAAUGAAGAGGUGGGAGACCAGGUGGAAGAACCAGAGCGGUUUGAGGAAGAGGAACCUUACAGCAUGUAUGUUUCUGAUCAAAUCUAUGACACGGUGGACGAGAUUGCGAGCUAUAUCCCGGAAAUUGUCAACCGUCCACCAGCCCCCAUUCCAAGACCCGAAACAUGUUCAGAGCCUGAGGAGUCCAAUACCUACAUCUCAAGAGUGUUUUCAGCAAAAGAAGAAUCAAAUCCACAGAGGGACCUCAGAGAAACAGAGUCAGCCACUGUGAUGCCUGUGAGAGACAGAGCCUCCACCUCCUCUUCCCACGACCCCUAUGCUGAGACGAAGACCCAAGGCCAGAGGCAGCUUAUAGCCUUGCAGGAGAAGGUGAAGGUGGGGGUCAUGAGUGUGGAUGAUGCUGUCAAGGAAUUUAAGGCCUGGCAGUUUGACGAGGAUAGGAGAUCUCAGUCUCUGCGCAAUCAAAAGGAAAACUUGAAAAGAUUACGACACAGCAUUACCAGACGCCACAAAGAGAGGGAGAAGUUUGGGAAGGAGAUCGGUCUGGAGAUAACCGCCCCACUGCAGAGGAACCUCCACUUGGGCUCCAACAUGGUUGUGGAGUGUUCUGUGUACGAGCCCACCCCACGGGUCAUUGCCCAACCCCCUCCUGUGACCCGGCCAAGCAAGAGAGGCACCUGGAAGACUGACAGCACCUCCAGCACAUCCAGUAGUGGCAGUAACAGACUCAGCACACAUAGUACGAUUAGCUACAGCAGUGGAACUGACCCUGACUUUGAGGACACAGUAGACUUCCUCCCUCUACCCCCACGACCCCCAUGGACCGCUGAAGCCGCACCUCUACCUCCUCCCCCCAGAAUCCCCCCACGACUCCCAGACAGGGCUGCAGAGAGUUUGCUGGAGGAGCGUUACAUAUCAUGCCCCUCUCGAGCUCUUCCUCAGAGACCACCUCAGAGGACCACCUCUCCCCCUCACAUACCCCGGAGAACACGAUGAUACACAGCUCUGUUGUUAUAUGAUUUUUGAAUGACUGCCCUCUAAAAUAUCUAUCAAGAUCUAAUCAGGCAGUGUUAUUUACAGUGCUGUCACGCCCUGGCCUUGAGAGGCCGGUUGUCUUUAGUUGGUUUGGUCAGGGCGUGAGAAUCUAUGCU